AUGGACGACGUUAAAACUCCUGGUGAUAAUAACAUUGACAUAUCUGAAAUGUCAUUAAUGUCGGCAAAUAUCGCAACGAUUAGCGGCAAUGAAUACUCGGGAUAUGUCGGACACGGAGUACAGGGAAUGGCUUACGUUUGCGACUGUAAUGCAAAACAGGCGUACGAUUGGAUAUUUACGUUUAUGCUCAACUAUACUGUAUUAUUGCUGCAAACAAAUAAAUAAGUAAAUAAUAAUUAACAACUAAAUUAUAUAUGGAUAUAAUACUACAAAUUAAUUGAU